AAAAAGUUUUUUUCAAUAAUCUGUAAACCCUGAUGGAAUUAGGUAGCGACCAAGAGGUGGUAAAACAAUAUAAGAAAAGGAGAUUGAUAGAUAGUGAUAGUGAAGAUGAAGAAGGUAUUAGAAUAAAGAAGAAAAGAAAAGGUUCAGAUUGUGGAAAUGAUUCAAGAGUUGAACGCCUCGAUGAAAGACAGGAGAUGGUUUUAAAAGAGUAUGAUCAAAAAAAGAGAUCGGACUGGUAUGUCACAAGAUCGACGAAGUAUAGAAGAAGUGUUUAUUUAGCGAUUGCUCUUAUUGGAAAAAGAAUGAUAAUAUCAACAAAUCCAAUAAACUCCAAGGAUUGGAAAAUUUGUUUUCAGGAGAACGGAGAAAAAUAAACCUUAUCAACCUAUGCGAAACGAUGAUUUGGGAUGAAAUGCGGACGGUUCUUCGCAACAUGCAAAAAAAGUAUCAAAAAGAAGAGUGCCACAAAGAUUUCGCGAGUUUUAAUGACGAGGG